AUGAUUUACACAUCAAAAGUAAUCAACUUCUGUGAGCUUCAUGCUGACUCAUCUGCCACUACUACUACUACUCUCUUUCUCUUUCUCUCUUUCACACGCAAACAUUCACAUAAACAAACUAUUAUUGUUAUUACUACUACUACUACUACUACUACUACUACUACUACUACUACUACUACUACUACUACUACUACUACUACUACUACUACUACUACUACUACUACUACUACUACUACUACUACUACUACUACUACUACUACUACUACUACUACUACUACUACUACUACUACUACUACUACUACUACUACUACUACUACUACUACUACUACUACUACUACUACUACUACUACUACUACUACUACUACUACUACUACUACUACUACUACUACUACUACUACUACUACUACUACUACUACUACUACUACUACUACUACUACUACUACUACUACUACUACUACUACUACUACUACUACUACUACUACUACUACUACUACUACUACUACUACUACUACUACUACUACUACUACUACUACUACUACUACUACUACUACUACUACUACUACUACUACUACUACUACUACUACUACUACUACUACUACUACUACUACUACUACUACUACUACUCUACUUCAUAUCUUUGUCUAA